CCUGUAGCAUCGAGAGAGAUGGACGCCAGUAGGUGUCUCGGGGCGACGCCCCGUGCCUGGGCUGGACACCAGAAGCCGCGCGGCUUUCCUCCGGCUACAGUGCCGGCAGUGAGGCUGGCACCGGAGAAGCCGGCGUGGCGGCCGCUUGUUUGGGGCUCCGAUUCGCGGAGGAGCACCGACCCAAUCCGUGGCGCCGUACUGAAAUCGGCAGGUACUGAGAGAGUACAUUAUUCUGCUGAUGAAGCUCUCGUACUAAAGCAAAAAGCAGAGGAUGUGCUUCCUUACUUGAAUGACCGCUGUGUCUAUCUAGUUGGAAUGAUGGGUUCCGGCAAAACUACAGUUGGGAAGAUAAUAGCUGAAGUACUAGGCUAUUCAUUCUUUGACAGUGAUAAGCUGGUUGAGCAGGCUGUUGGUAUACCGACGGUUGCUGAGAUUUUUCAGGUCCAUAGUGAAGCAUUCUUCAGAGAUAACGAGAGUGAGGUACUAAGGGAUUUGUCGUCAAUGCAUCGAUUAAUUGUUGCGACUGGAGGUGGUGCGGUGAUACGACCAAUCAAUUGGAAUUAUAUGAAGAAAGGGCUCACUAUCUGGUUAGAUGUUCCAUUAGAUGCGCUUGCAAGAAGGAUUGUUGCAGUGGGUACAGCUUCACGGCCCCUCUUGCAUCAGGAGUCUGGUGAUCCUUAUACAAAGGCCUAUGUGAAGCUCACAAACCUUUUUGAAAAAAGGAUGGACUCAUAUGCUAAUGCAGAUGCCAGAGUUUCCCUUGAAGAUAUUGCAUUCAAACAAGGACAUAAUGAUGUGAAUGUACUUACACCGAGUGCCAUCGCUAUUGAGGCAUUGCUAAAGAUGGAGAGCUUUCUUACCCAGAAGGCCAUGGUGAGAAACUGACCGGUUCUCGGGGCUUAAAAAGAACAACAAAUAUCAUUGGUCCUUGCUCGUUGUGCUACCUUUGCGUAAGACAACCUUCUUGAUAUAGCCAGAGCUUGAUUGUUCAAACAAUAUGACAUUGGACAACUUGAGUUUCUACUUGUGUAAAUGAAUGUGUAAAUAGCUAUCAACAGAGAUGAUGUCUCUCUUGUCUCUGUCUCGUUCAGUAUAACAGAUGGGAUUUGUCUUUUUUGUAUAUUUUGCUUUGCAACAAGAAUUUCAAUGGAUCUGUUCUUUUGAGGCGAA